CGCUUGUGAAAGACUACACUUCCCACUGUGCCUCGCUUCGCCGCAAAGCCUGAUGGGUAUCCUGACAUCGUCCUUGUCGUGUCCAGCCCACGGGUGAAGUUGACUCCGGCGGCUCGUCUGUCAUUGACUUCUCCCUCGGAAUCCUCCCGUUUCAGACAUGAUGGCAGCACGGUUCCUCCGCCGGACGGUCCCGCUCUUCCGGUCGGUCCGCUCGUACGCAGAGGCCGCCUCCGGGGCCCCGCAGAUGUCCUUCACAUUCGCCUCGCCGACACAGGUGUUUUUCAAAGAAGCCAGUGUGAAACAGGUGGACGUCCCGACGCUCACAGGUGCGUUCGGCAUCCUUCCCGCCCACGUUCCCACCCUGCAGGUGCUCAGGCCCGGCGUCGUCACCGUCUUCAGCGACGACGGCAGCUCUACCAAAUAUUUUGUCAGCAGCGGCUCUGUAACGGUCAACGUCGAUUCUUCGGUGCAGCUGCUGGCUGAGGAAGCUGUUCCUCUGGACCAGCUGGACGUUGCAGCGGCCAAAGCCAACCUGGAGAAGGCCCAGGCUGACCUGGCGGGAACGACCGACGAGGCCGCGAGGGCCGAAGUCCAGAUCAGCAUCGAGGCCAACGAGGCCAUCGUCAAAGCUCUGGAGUGACCGCCGCCGCUCGCCACGCCGCCGUCGGUCGUCUUUCUGACGGUCUGUGAUUGAAGCUCCGCCUCCGGAGGAUUCCUGUCUGUCUUUGUAUAGUGGAUGAAGUCCAAUAAAUUUAUUUGGAAUUAAGA